AUGUCGAAACAAGAGAAACAAGAGAAACAAGAUGUCGUACUUGAUAGCAAUUAUUUUGUGGUAAAGGCAUAUGCUUACACCUCAGUUCUUUCCGUAAUGUUGCUUGAUACGUGGGCAAUCCCAGUUUGUAUGUUAUUAUCAAUACUAUUCCUAAAGGUUGGAUAUCAUUGGAGUCAAUACCUUGGAGUGGUGAUAUGUCUUGUUGGUAUUGGAGUAUUGCUUGCAGGAGAUCUUGAAUCAGGACGAGAUUUUAGUGGUGCCGUGAAUAUGGGACUUGGUGAUGCAUUUUGUAUCAUAAGUGCAACACUUUAUGGUGCGAGUAAUGUACUAGAAGAAUUAUUUGUGAGACAAAGAUCAGUGUAUGAGGUGGUUGGACAAUUAGCAUUUUGGGCAAUGAUUAUCAGUGGUAUUCAACUUUCAAUUUUAGAGCGUCAAGAACUUUCUGCUGUAGAAUGGAGUGGAGGUAGUGCACCAAUACUCUUCAAAUUAUCAUCAGCUACAUUCUUUAAUCUUUCUUUACAAACAAGUGAUUUCUAUUCAUUAAUAUUUAGUUUAUUAUUAUUCGGUGCCCAGAUGCAUCAUCUUUACCCUAUAUCAUUUGUUAGCACAAUCAUAGGAUUGUGUUUAUACCAUUACAAUCCAGAAUCAAGGCCUAGUUACAGUCCUCCUGCUUUUCUUUCUAUCGGUAGGGAUCACACUGAUGUCAAAGGUAACGAUGAUAAUGGGGGCCGGAAUUUUGAUGAAACAAAAGUUGAGGAAAGGGAAGUUACUACUGAUUUAAAUGUAUAA